UUGAUUAAAGGUUCAGCUCAGGUGUGUUUUACCUGUUAGCUGCUACCUGGCUGCUGUUAAACCCGUUGAACUGCUUCAUUCUACUCUCUUUAUCUGCUGUUUGUUGUUCAGUAACAUCACUGCAGCCUACAGAUUAGAGAAAUGACCUCAACAUCAGAUCUGGAGCAGAUGGCAGAAAUCGAACUGCAGAAAGAGGAAGAGGAGGACGAUCAGAGGUGUGUCACCGACGGUCCAUCGCUUCCUCCGGCCAGCACCUUCAGUCCUGACCUUUCUCACCCGUAUUAUGAUGUGGCUCGACACGGCAUCAUCCAGGUCUCCGGUGACGACAAGUACGGCAGGAAGUUGAUCAUCUUCAGCAGCUGCUGUUUGCCUCCAUCACACGAGCUGAACCACCGACGCCUGCUGGAGUACCUGAAGUUCACGCUGGACCAGUAUGUGGAGAUGGACUACAUUCUGGUUUACUUCCAUUACGGCCUGAGGAGCAGCAACAAGCCGUCUCUGAAAUGGUUACGAGAAGCUUACAGCGAGUUCGACCGCAAAUACAAGAAGAACCUGAAGACUCUGUUCGUGGUUCAUCCUACAAACUUCAUCAGGAUCGUCUGGAACAUUUUCAAACCUCUGAUCAGUCACAAGUUUGGGAAGAAGCUGACGUACGUGAACUACCUGGCUGAGCUCCGGGACCACCUGAACUACGAGCAGCUCAUCGUCCCUCCCGAAGUUGUCAGACACGAUGAGAAGUUACGAGCUGCUCAGAAAGGCGGACCCCCUCCCUCAGUGAAGACUCCCCCGCCUCGCCCCCCCCUGCCCACGCAGCAGUUUGGUGUCAGUCUGCAGUACAUCAGAGAGAAGAACCGCGAGGCGAUAAUCCCACCUGUGCUCUCUCAGACUGUGACCUACCUGAAGCAGAAAGGUCUGAGGACGGAGGGCAUCUUCAGACGGUCCCCUCGUGUGCAGCUCAUCAAGGACGUUCAGAAACUCUACAACCAGGGGAAACCUGUGGACUUCGAUCAGUACUGUGACGUCCACGUUCCAGCUGUGAUCCUGAAGACGUUCCUCAGAGAGCUUCCUGAACCGCUGCUCACCUUCAGAGUCUACAACCAGGUCCAGGAGCUCCUCAAUGUGGAGAGCAGUCUGCGGGUCACCAGGUGUAAAAACAUCGUUGAAAGUCUUCCUGAACAUCAUUUCAUCGUCACCAAGUUCCUGCUGAGCUUCCUGCACACGGUGUCUCUGGAGAGCAUUGUGAACAAGAUGAGCCCGUCCAAUCUGGCCUGUGUGUUCGGGGUGAACCUGGUCUGGCCUCGUCACGGUUCGAUCUCUCUGACCGCUCUGACCCCCAUCAACAUCUUCACCGAGAUCCUCAUCGAGCACUUCCCCACCGUGUUCGGCUCCCGCUGCCCACCUGCACAGGUAAUCCCCUGAACACCUGCAGAGCAACAGCUGGCUCCAUGUCCUCGGGAGUGUUUUUUACUUUUUAAAAAAACACUUUUCGGCCUGAGAGACACAAACACUCACCAGCUGGUGACGAUGAUGAUGACGAUUCCUAAAGACGUUUGCUCUCACCUGGACAGAAUCUAAACGUGGGACCUCAGAAGAGGAACCUUUACACUGUGACUUUUGUUUUCCUCUUGCACCGUGAUUCAGAUCCAUCAGCUGGUAAAAACUAAACUUUCCACUGUGUCUCUGUGCCGAUGACCACGACUGAGGACAAAAUCUAGCAUCAAUUUUGGUGAAGAACAUUAAUUUGUUAAGAUUUUCAGGUCAGUUAAUUAAAAAGACACUUGUCUGUCCAUUUGGUUUCUAGAAAAUGUUCUGCAUUAGAAUAAAAUACUAGAGUUAACAUUUAUAAACAAUACAAUUAAACAAUACAUAAAUAUUUAAUACAGUUUAUAACGCAGUAUAACGUAGAUAUACUUAGUGUUUAUUAAUGUAUCUGUUAAUAAAUGAUAAUUAUAGUAACAUAUCUUUGUAGGAGAAGUUAUAAUUGUUGACAAAUUUUGUACUUAACUAAAAUGUUGUAAUAUCUGCUCAGACACAUUAUAGUCGUUAUAAACCAGAUAUUAAAUGUUUAGUAACUGCUGAUAAAUGCUAAAUACAGAGCGUUGGUGUUUCUCUGGGGUCUCUACCUCUGACAUCUGUAAUAAUGUGCCGUUUCAUAUUUUAGAAUUAGAUUGUUUUUUUUUUAGUCUGCGUUGAAAUGUCAUAACAAGACAUCGUUUUUAAAACCAUUUUGAAUGAAUAUAAUUAAAGUUUAAACAGGAUGUUAGCGCACAGAUUUUCAAUUCAGAGCGUCUUGUUACCACAAUGAUGCACCACACCAGCAGUAAACAGGCUGCUAUAUUUAGCUUCAAUUUUCACUUUCAUUUAUUUUUUAAAGGUUUGAAGUGAGCAGAAAGUUGUACAGUGUAAAAAUAAAAACACACAGCUUUUGUACCUGUUACAGUUUGUCCACCACUGUUUUCUCAAAAUGAGUUUUUCCUGAGUCUGAAAUCUAAACUUCAGCAGCUCUUAGAAACUUUCCAGUUUUAUUCGUGACUAUAUUUGUUCAUACAUCAUUCACAACCUGAAGUAUAAAACAUUUUAAUUCCCUGUAACAUGUAGAUUUAUGCUUGUUGACAGUAUUUUCUGAUUUUAUGUAGUGAAAACUGAGAAAUCCAAAAUGUUAAUGUGUGUAAACAAAAUAAAAUAAUCAUUUUGAAGCUGAUUCAA